AUGGUUUUAUCACUUGAAGAAGUUAGUAAACAUAAUAAUAAAAAAGAUUGUUGGGUAAUAAUUCAUGAUAAAGCUUAUGAUUUAACUGAAUUUAUGCCAAAUCAUCCUGGUGGUGAAGCAAUAAUUUUAAAAUAUGCUGGAAAAAAUGCAACAAAAGUAUUUGAUCCAGUUCAUCCUCCUGAUACUUUAGAAAAAUAUUUAAAUCAAAAAGAUCAUAAAGGAGAAGUUGAAAAAAGGAAAAUUGAACCAAAAAAACAGAAAAUAAAAGUACAACCACAACAACAAGAAGAAAGUUCUAAUGAUGGAAAGAAGAUAGUUGAUGAAUUUGAUGUAGAAUAUGAUGAACAAGAUGAUAUGGAUCCUAUACCAACUGGGCAACAAUUACAAGUAACUUCCACAACAGAAGAAGAAGAUGAAGAUCUAUUAUAUGAUGAAGAUGGAGAACCAAAUUCACCAGAAGAAAUUCAAAGAUUAAAAAAUAUAAAAAAUAAACCAGAUUUAGGACAAAUUUAUAAUUUAAAUGAUUUUGAAUAUGUUGCAAGAAAUACAAUGGAAAAAACAGCUUGGGGUUAUUAUAGUUCUGGUAGUGAAGAUGAAAUAACAAUGAGAGAAAAUCAUUUAGCUUAUCAUAGAAUUUUUUUUAAUCCAAGAAUUAUGGUUGAUGUUUCCAAAAUUGAUUUUUCAACUACAAUGUUAGGUACCAAGACAUCAGUACCAUUUUAUAUUACUGCAACUGCCUUGGGAAGAUUAGGUCAUCCAGAUGGUGAAAAAGUAUUAACAAGAGCUGGUGCAAAAGAAGAUGUGAUACAAAUGAUUCCAACAUUAGCAAGUUGUUCAUUUGAUGAAAUAGUUGAUCAAGCAACAGAUAAACAAACUCAAUGGUUUCAAUUAUAUGUUAAUUCAGAUAAAGAAAUUUCAAAAAAAUUAGUUCAACAUGCAGAAAAAAGAGGUUGUAAAGGUUUAUUUAUUACAGUUGAUGCUCCUCAAUUAGGUAGAAGAGAAAAAGAUAUGAGAUCAAAAGAUAUUCAAGAUUUAAGUAAUGUUCAAGGAAAUGAUGAAGAAAGUGAUAGAUCUCAAGGUGCAGCAAGAGCAAUAAGUUCUUUUAUUGAUACUUCAUUAAAUUGGAAAGAUAUUGAAUUUUUUAAAUCUAUAACAAAUAUGCCAAUUUUAUUAAAGGGAGUUCAAUGUGUUAAAGAUGCAAUAUUAGCAGCAGAAUAUGGAUGUAAUGGUAUAGUUAUAAGUAAUCAUGGAGGUAGACAAUUAGAAUUUACAAAAUCUCCAAUUGAAAUAUUAAUUGAAACAAUGCCAGUAUUACGUCAAAGAGGAUUAGAUAAAAAUUUUGAAGUAUAUGUUGAUGGAGGAAUAAGAAGAUCAAGUGAUAUUUUAAAAGCUAUAUGUUUAGGUGCAAAAGGUGUUGGUAUAGGAAGACCAUUUUUAUAUGCAAUGUCAACAUAUGGAGAUGAAGGGGUAAUAAAAGCUAUACAAAUUUUAAAAGAUGAAAUGAUUAUGAAUAUGAGAUUAUUAGGUGUUACAUCAUUAGAUCAAUUAAAUGAAGAAUUUGUUGAUACAAAUUCUAUAACUAAUAGAUUUGUACCUGAAGAUAAAUUAUUUAAAAAAGUUUAUCAACCUUUAGUUAAUCCACCAUUUAAAAAUAGUAAAUUAUAA